AUCCCAGGACUCUAUAGCCAGGGCAAGGGUUUUGGAAAUACGUGUACUGAGCAGGGGCACGAAGUGUGGGAUGAAUAGCGUGUUCAGCGAUCAGAUACUUGCGGAGAAGCUUUCCAAGCUCAACAGCACCCAACAGUGCAUUGAAACAUUGUCGCACUGGUGCAUUUUCCACCGCAGUAAAGCUGAGCUGGUGGUUGCAACAUGGGCUAAGCAGUUCCACAGUUCGGAGAUGGCCCAGAAGGUGCCUCUUCUCUACCUUGCUAACGACAUUCUGCAGAACAGCAAGCGCAAAGGAAAUGAAUUUGUCACCGAGUUCUGGAAGGUUCUUCCAUCUGCGCUCAAAGAGGUAGUUGACGAAGGUGAUGAGCGUGGGAAGAAUGUUGUGUCCCGAUUAGUUGCUAUAUGGGAAGAAAGAAAAGUUUUUGGUUCCCAAAAUCGAAAACUUCAAGACACAAUGCUUGGAGAAGAAUUACCUCCACCUUUGGAGCUCAGGAAGAAGCGGUCUCGCUCGGUCAAAAUUGUUAAAAAGGAUUCACGGUCAAUAAGGACGAAAUUGAGUGUUGGUGGCCGAGCAGAAAAGAUAGUGUCUGCUUUUCAUUUGGUGCUCAGUGAACAUGUCACUGAAGACCAGGAAAUGGAUAAAUGCAAGUCUGCAAUUCAUCGUGUCAAGAAAAUGGAAAAAGGCGUAGAUGUAGCAUUGACGAAAGCAAAAGAUCCAUCACGGAAGACCUUCUCCAAAGAAUUGGAGGACGAUGAAAGUGUAUUGAAACAAUGCAUUGAAAAACUAAAAUCCCUUGAAGCAAGUAGAGCCACACUCAUCUCUGAGUUACGGGAUGCGCUCAAUGAGCAGGAGUCGGAAUUGGAGAAUCUUCGGACUCAUAUUCAGGUGGCAGAGGCACAGGUAGAAGAAGCCGCGAGCAUGAGGAGCCGAUUAGAGGAUGAAGACCAUGUAUUUGAGCCAAAGCCCUCCACACCUUCAACUGGUGCCGACACAAAAUCCGAGGAAACAGCAAAAAAAUCCGCUGCUGCCAUUGCAGCUGAAGUCGCGGACAAGCUCACUGCCUCAAGCUCGUCCCAGUACAUCAUGACGUCAGUGCUCUCUUCAUUUGCAGCUGAGGAAGCCAAAAAUGCCGGGCUAACGGCGUCUUCUACACCAUCAUCUUCUAUACUGACAUCUGAGAACCUCCCAAGCACUUACAUGAUGCAGGUCAAUCCUUCUCAGAGCGGCCAUUAUCAGUCAGUUUCAGUGGCGGUGCCCCAGACCACGAUUGCAAACUCACAAGCGCACUAUCUUUCGGUCCCAAACCCUAACACGCUGCAGUAUAUGCAACAGCAGCAGCAGCCGUCCGGGGGAAUGAUGAGCUCGUAUGAUUACGGUAGCCUCCCACCUCCGCUGCCGCCUGGACCACCACCUCCGCCAUACAUGAUGGGGCCUAUGGUGCCGAUGAUGCAGCAGCAGCAACAGCAACAGCAGGCAUUGGGAUCUGGUGGUAGUUUCCGGCCGCUGCAGGCGCCCGGUAUGGUCUAUUACACCCAUCCUUAUCAGUGAGUGAAUGAUAUGAAGUUGGAGUUUGAAAGUUUUGGGAAUGAGUGAGUAGGAGAUGAUUUAGAGGGAGGGAGGGAGGGAGAUUGAUUGAUUAAUUUUGGUGUGGGGGUUGUGUUUCUUGAUCUUGUGUUGUGGGAUUAGUUGUGUGUUUUUGUUGUAAAGCUUUUUAUUUAUUACUAUUAGUAUUGUUAUUAUUAUGUGAUGUGCGAGCGAAUGCCAUAGUGAGAUUGUGCAACUGUAACUGUAACUGUAUUCUUCUUCUUUCUGGAGAGGAGAGGAGAGGAGAGGAGAGGAGAGGAGAGGAGAGGAGAGGAGAGGAGACGAGACGAGACGAGACGAGACUAGACGAGACGAGACUAGACUAGACUAGACUAGAGAGGGUAAGAAGCUAAAAGGUUGAGUGCUUUUCUUCCAUUUAAAGUUAAUUCUCGUUAGUUUGAGAUUUCUUACUAGCCACACCCAUAAUUGAUUGUUGUUGAUAUAUGGACUGCACUGCACAUCGGACAUCGGACAUGCCAUGUGAUGCGAUGUGAUGUGGCAUUUGACUCUCACUCUCACUCUCAACUCAUUCAUUCAUUAUCUGCACUGCACUGCACUGCACUUACAAAGUGCGUCUGUGAUACUCAUAAUAAUAAUAAUAAUUAUUAUUAUUAUUAUUAUGAUUAGAGCCCACCAAUCUCCCCUUUUCUUUUUCUAUAUUAUUAAUUAUUUUUAUGUGAUGAAACCAAAAGAAUGUAUUAGAAUGGAGACUAGUACUCCUACUAUUAUUGAGUUGAGAAACAAAAACGCGCUUGUUUUUGAUAAAUCAAAUUGUACUCCACAACAAUUACUAUUAAUGAAUGAAUCCAAUUUUAGUGUUAUUGCUAAUUAAUUAAACACCCAUAAUCAAUUAUCCAUUAAUAUAUAUAUAUAUAUAUAUAUCCAUUGGCAAAGAAGGGAACAACAUCAACAACAAACAAACAAUAGAAACAAGUACAAGCAGAGAAACUAAACUACA